AUGACGUGUUUGAUAUCGACGUCGUACCGUCUUCUUGGGUGGUGUGGGAUUGUAAAAAAAAACACAUAUUUGGCGAAGUAUCCACCGCCUCCUUACGAUAAAAAAAAUAUCAAACAUCUCCAACAUCUCGUCCGAAAAGGAGAAUCUCCAUCGGACGAUUGGCCAUCAUGGGAAGUUCUCAUAAAAGGUGGUGCAGAUACCUAUGAGGUGGCACUUAAGCGACUCGAAAAAUUGAGAACGGAGGCUUGGGCAUUCACGACUGAUGCAGAGCUUGAUGGUCCAACGAAAGCAUCAAAAAUUUCAGAUGUGAUGAAAAAAAAAACAACUAAAGAACUUUUCAGCGUAGGGGAUAUCGAAGAUUCUCUCAUCGACGACUGGUUUCCUCGCACAAAAAAGAAUGAUAAACCGCCGCUGGGCAGCGGCAUCAACAACAACAACAACAAUAAUAACAAUAACAACAACAAUAGUGAGUCUUCACUUGAGGAAUACACUCCGCAAUACAAAAAGUCGACAUCUCGACAGCACCGAAAAAAGAAAUCACCACCAGCUUCAGACAGCCAGAAAAAAAAAUUAGCGAGCCAAGAGAAAUCAAGUGAAAGAAGUUUAUCGUCAGAUACUGUGUUCCUCGCCAAGAUUCUCGCAGGAAUCAAAAUCGACAUACAGACAAACACAGAUGCAAUCAAUGCAAUACGUGAUAUGCAAAUCGUCGGCAGAAAUUUUGCUGUUUCUGAAACCUGUACUGUUAAUUAUGUGGAGAAAAAAUAUGAUCUUCAUUUGCCGUUAGACAAUCAACAGUCGUUUCAAACAUUUGACGAUAAACUUCGUGCGGAUGAGGAAAUGAACCGAACUCUGAAAAAUUCGUUGAGACAACUCUUGGACCGCAACAAUAAUAUAACAAAGAGUGCCACUACCGUUUUACGAAAGUUUUUUACUCGCGACCUCAUAACAACUUUUGCAGCGAAGAAACAAGUGGAUGGAAAAACGCUUCUCAAAACAACUACUUUUGGUAGCUGUUUGAUAGCUGUCCUCACAGAAUGUCAUACACUUCCGGAUGGAACACCGGUCAACGAGGAUGGUGUUCUGAAAUCUGUUGGAUCGGCUAUUUCGAAUGCAAAAGAUUGGGAUGGACGAAAAGGCCGGGCGCAAAAAAAUAACGUAUUUUGUGAACAUUUUUUGAUCGGAGCAAAAUAA